AUGAGUCUGUCCUGUUUGUCUCAAACCCCGGAGGAGUGUUUCCGGUCGGUGCCCCGGCCCAGUGGUGGCCUGCUCAGAGCAGAGUGGCGGGGCCUCGGCUCCCUGCACGGCAGAGUGCUGCUCAAAGGGAAGGAACAUUCCUCAGCUUCAGAACUGGACCGCUGCACUGACGGCAGUGGUCGAACCGAAAAGAGUAAAAAAUAUUCAUCCUACCGGCCGGGAUCAGGAUCAGUUCAGACCAGAAUGGCCCGGGGUGUGGGUUUGGGGUUUUUGGUGCUCUUCCUCCUGGUUUGGUCGGCCACAGGCCUGCUGCUGAUGGAUCAACGCAGAGAAGCAGAGGACCACAAAGGGCUCAGCAAAGCCAUUCUGGAAAUGCUUCAUAUCGAUAAAGUGUCAGCGAGCCAUCAUGCCAAACCACAUCCGUACAUGAGGAGGAUCUACCAGUACCUGGACUCCCUGGAGGCUCAGGAUUUUGGAAGAUCGGAUGGACUACUGGUGCAGAGUUUUCGCAGUGUUGAUGGUCCCCCGUACGCUCCACCAGGAUGGAUCUGGUUUAACGUCAGCGGCCUUGACCCCUCCAUGCUGGGCGCGGAGCUGGUCCUGUUCAGGAAGACCCUCCACCCCCGCCCGCUCAGCGUGACGGUCAGCCUGCACAGCGUGGUGGCCUCCCGGGACCACCGGCUGAGGGAGAGCCCCCCCCUGGAGGAGCGGCAGCUGACCCUGGACCAGCGGCCCUCGUCCGGGUACGACGUGUUCGACGUGUCGGACGUUGUGCGCGGGGGGGCUCUGGAGGGGGUGGGCUUCCAGCUGCGCUACACGGAUGAGAGGGGCAGUCUGGUUCUGCACCAGGCCCUCACUCAGAGCCUGUACUGCCUGGACCGGGGCUCUCUGAGCGAACCCCUGCUGGUGCUCUAUAGGGAACAUCCUCUCCAGGCCUGACUGUGACCAGAACUACUCUGCGGUGUUUGAAUGACAUGCCGAGCGUACUUUGAUCAAAUUGAAUUUGUUUUCAUUGUCUUGUUCCAGAUAUAGAUACGUUCACUAAUGCUGCUAAAAAAUAAACUACGUGAUUAAAAAAAAAACAUUGUUAAUUCUGGCACUUCCAUUUCUGUUGUUAAUAUGAUUCUGUUUGAGGUCUGCAACAUUUCAAAAGAAGUUACAAUGUUGGGGGCUUGUAAUGAAAGCAACAUGUAA